CGAAGUUGAUUAAUAGCAACGAAAAUGCGCGGCUGUUCUUCAGGCAGGAUAAUAUCGACACUAAAAAACGUCGUUACAGCGCGCGUCUAGCCGUUUCGCAAGAGGAGUUUUUAUCGUCUCCGUCACACGCGACAUUGUAUGUACGUAUUAUGUGACAAUGCUAUAAUACACAACGAAUUACAUGAAAAUUACAUUGUCGUGUAGAUCACGUAUUUAAGUGUUUAACACGCUUUACUCGUUGAACGACGCUCGGAACUCCAAGACAAUCGAUCAUUAUUCACGUGCGUGUGUGUCACUCAGGAACUGAUUGUGAGAUUCAAACUGAAAAUAACUAUUACCGUUCACGUGAAGUCGAACUACAUAGAAAGUGAUGGUUAGGUUAUGGUUCUUUAAUUUUAAUUCUUUCUUUAAUCUAACAACGCGAAGGACAAUGAUUUCGCGAAUGUGUAUGUAUCAAAUAAGUCCUCCAUCAUCGAGUGAAAGUUACGACCGUGCGGACGAUUAGAUCCUGAUGGACGCGAUAACGCGCACUUAAUCGCACUAAAUCGCUGCUUUUGAAUAAUACGUAUGCAUUGGACGAUAUCAUGUGCGUGCCGACGCGUAGAAGUGAAUGUCGCGCUAUCAGAAGUACGCUCGUUGCCUAAAGUGCGUUUAUAUGUAAACAUAUAGAUAUAUGAUAACGUUUGAGACGUUUGAUAAUAAAAAAACAAAAAACAAAAAAAUAUGUUACAUUCCAUCAUAAUGUAAAUCAGGCGCACCGAAACAAUUCAUAAUUUCCCGGCAAGAGCAAGUAAUCGAGAGUCGCAACUAUCGAUUCACAUUCUGCGACGACCAUGACAAUCACGUGGCAAUCCGGCUUCUUGCUAGAAAGUUCAACUGAGUUCAAUUUAGUCCGUGAUUAUUCAACGUCUUAUUAAAUGUCUCGUCUGUGGUGCGUGUAAAUGAGUUAUUUAUUCGCAAAUUCUGGACUUUUCGGAUACACGACAAGUGUGUAUUUUGACACAUACAAUCUGAGAUUUAAUCACGGAUUGUCUUCUUAUCGUAUCACGUGCUUCCACCGGUUCCUUUCUAUCAGUUACGAACACGUCUAUGUUUAUGUUUGUGCCAACACGUGUACGGUGCGACAAAGAUGGAAGACAGAAUAGAUCUAAAAAGCUUGGUUUUCAUGCUGGCUACUACGCUGUUCGUUGUUGCAUUCAUCAAUAUAUUGACACAUGUCAAGCAACGGUCGCAAUCCCCUCAGAAGAAGAAUUCAUCGAAAGAUUCAAACGUUCUGUCGGAAGGCACGUCAUCAUCAAUGAAAUUAUCGCAACUGACUGCCAUAGAAAACUGUUUGAAAAACUCAAACGGGAAGAUCACAGAACUUUGGAUAAAUACUACAAUUGAUGAAGAUACAGGGUUUGUUAUUAAUAGAUGUUGCACUACAGGAAAAUACAUCGCAAACAAUGCCCAAGCUUGGGUAGUUGAAUGUGCUUACGGGCAUCAUCAUCGUAUACCCGUCAUCUCUAAGAAAAAUAUUGCAAUGCAACAGGCUUCAUCAACAACUGUACAACAGCCGCGAAGGAUUAUUACCAUACAACAACCAAUUCUUAAAUUAUUUAAUCAGAAAUUGAUAUAUAAAUCAUGCUUGCCACAAGACCUAGACGUAGAUGACUCGCAACCAAAAAUACAAAGAAAAUCACGGCAUAUAUUACGACAUAAAUCACGAAAAGAAUUACAAAAAUCAAAUGUAUCGCGACAAUCGACAACAUCUUUGUCAAAUUAUUUUGAAAAUCAAGAAUCGUUAAAGGAGAAGGAGAUCGUGGAUGCCCUGACGCCGUACGUAUUAACAUCGGAACAAUUGUUCAAAUAUGGUUAUCCUAUACAAUCAAACCCACCAAGUUGUGCGAUAAUAAACUACACGCCAUAUCCGACCACGCAACAGCCUUCAGAGUCUCAUGUUUCGAAUAGCACGGAUUAUUCGCAGCAAAAGAUGUGUGCUAGAUGUAAUACAUAUUUUAAUUACACAUAUAAAUAUCCUUGUAUCUAUCAUUGGGGAAAAUUAUGGGACGAUAUGACAAACAGUAUUACAAACAAAUACUGGACCUGUUGUCACAAGACGGAACUCGUGAAAGGUUGCACUACAGCAGAUAUGCACGUAUGGAUCGGACUGCAACCUGGGUUCAAUGGUCCUUUGGUUGGUUUUGUCUAUACGAAGCCUAAAGAAAAUACGCAGAACACUCUGCGCGUAGCCGCCGUAGAUUGCGAAAUGUGUUUUACUGAAGCUGGACUGGAAGUCGUUAAAGUAUCAGUUGUGGAUAAAAGUGGCAAAGUUGUAUAUGAAAAGCUAAUAAAACCUUUAAAUGAUAUUAUUGAUUAUAAUACAAAAUUUAGCGGUAUUACGAAGAAAGAUUUGGAGGGAGUAACCGACAAUCUUCGAAUCGUGCAGCGCGAAUUGCUGGACUUCAUCUCCGCAGAGACUAUUUUAAUUGGACAUGGAUUAGAAAGUGAUCUCCGAGUACUCCGCUUAUUACAUAAAAAAGUCAUAGAUACCAGUACAGUGUAUCCGCAUUAUAAUGGUUUUCCAUAUCGUAACAGUUUAAAAAUUUUGGCUAAACGUGUCUUAAAACGAAAUAUACAAGAAACAACGCACAAUCCUGCGGAGGAUGCUAGAGCCGCUAUGGAUUUAAUGAUGGCAAAAAUUUCACUAGAUAAAGUAGAACCUUCUACUUCAAGAACCGCAUAAUAAUCUUGGCGGAGAUAAAUUGACGGAUGCUACGUGUUUGAGAAAAUAACAUAUCUCAGCAUAUUUUUCUUCGUGAUGCACACAAUAUCACUACAACGUCACAGUAACUACAUUAGCGUAUCGUAUGAUAGCUCACCAAUCAUUACAGUUUCAUGGUAAUUGAUAAGCUAUCACAAACAAUAUUGCCUUAUAUAUUGACAACAGUUACCUUCAAAUCGCUUAUGAAAUACAUCUCACAAUUUACAUUCCCGCACGGUACGGAAACAUGAUGCAAAAUUCCAAUUUUGCGGGGUAUAGUAUAAAAAAAAUUUAUUACAGCACAACCUCGAAGGUUUUUUUAAUAUAGGAUAUCACACCUUUUUUAUACACUACAUUGUAUAUGUUUUUCUACAUUUUACUUGUAUGCAUGUUUUAUAUAUAACAUUGUAUAUGAUUCUUUACAUCGCAUACAUAUGAUCUAUUAGUAUAUACGUAUGUCAUGUAUAUUACGCUUAUAUAUCAAUCAUUGCGUUUUAUAAAUUGUCCAUGCAACAUCGCUUUUUAUAAAUCGUAAUUUUUUAUACCUAUAAACAUGUACGCGUUUAUACAAAUCGGUAUACCUACGUAUGUUACAUACGUACGCGUUCAAUAUUCACUAUCAUAUAAUUUUACACUCAUUUCGUAGUCUAAGUCAUCUUGCCAUGCAUAUUUUAUAUAACUGCAUCUUCAUUCUAUAAAAAGGACGCGCAGCGUUAUCAACGCUGCGAAAAAAAUGUGAUUUAAGACCGAAACUAAUAGAUUUUUAUUUCAAAAAAUUUUGACUAAAAUAAUUGAAAUAAUAUAUGACUUGACAUAAUGCGCAAUUAAAUUUUGCUUGAAGCAAGAUGACACCGUAGGUUUUUCUCGAGCGCAAGUACACGAAUAAUAAAGAGUUACGUUCGAUAACGUGAGACUCGUACUGUGAAACAAGAAUAUAUAUACACAAUAUUGAAUUUAAUUUAAGUUUUUUAUCUCGUAAAUAAAAAUUUGUUGUCUCCCGUUUAAUCUAAUCUGUAAAAAUCUGGAAACUGCUUGCGGUAUUUUCGUAUUUUAUCGUGUUUUAUUUGAUCACACAACAAUUUUCUAUCAUGAUUGAUGUUAAACUGCAAACAUUUUAUAACGAUAUAUUAGAAACGCGAAGAUUUGACAUAUUUCGUAACGAUAGUAUUAUUUUUUUAAAUAUAUUUUUUUACCCCAGCAUAUUGUGAUUUAUUAUAAUAAUUGAUCUUAAGUAAGCUGCUUUAUAAUGGAUGCCCUGAUGAUGAUUAAAACCUGCAUGCUAUAAAAUCGCUUUUAAUAUUUUUCUAAAUUCCAGAAAGUUAAAAUACAUUGUGAAAUAAUUUUGCUACUUUUUAUUUUGAAUAAAUUCUGCAAAGUUAAUAAUAGAAAAAUGGCGAUUGAAUAGCAGUAAGUUUCAUUCACCAUUUUGAUCUCAUAAUGUAUUAUGUAAUAAAUCAUUAUAUCUGCAUUGUAAUGUAGUGUAGCAUUACGAUUUUAUCAAUAAAUUUAAUGUAAGUUAAAUCUAAUCUGAUUACUUUUUUUUAUUUUAGAAAUUAUAACGUUUUUUUUUUAUUUUUUCAGUGAAUUCUAUUAGUGCUAUUGAUAUCCAGAACUUAAGUAGAGUAGAGUAAGCAGAAAAAGAGAAAAUGCAUUUAAUGGAUUGGCAGCCUAUGGGCUGCCGUACGAAGAACCAUUGCCAGGUAGAUUCUUUUUACGGAUCCUAUGUACUCCAGAAUCCUAGUGUUUCUUCCAAUAAUACACUAAAUGCGCUCUUUAUCUCUCUAUCUAUUAUAUAUUGUGUGCGCUAUUAUAUACAGGAUGUGUUAUUUUUAACGGUUUUAACUUCUUAAAAUUUUUUAAUUUUAGAAAAAUGUUUCAGAUAAGUUGUAUGGUCUAAAGGGAACAAAUAAUGGUGAAAUCCUUUUUUGACAAAAAUUCAAUUUUUUUAAGGUUAUAUUAAGAUUAU